UUUUUCCUUCUUCUUGUUUACAUCUUUGUGAAAAUUUACUUAAUUCCUCUGUGGAAAUACAGACAUGGCUGAGGCUGUGGUGGGAGGAGCAUUUCUCUCGGCUUCUCUUCAAGUUCUAUUCGACAGGUUGGCUUCUCGUGAGGUUGUGAACUUCGUCCGGGGACAGAGAUUCACCCCAGAACUCCUAAAGAAGAUGGAGAUAACAUUGCUCACUGUCUAUACAGUGCUUAACGAUGCAGAGGUGAAGCAAAUUACGAAUCCACCGGUCACAAAGUGGGUAGAGGAGCUUAAACAUGUUGUCUAUGAAGCGGAGGAUCUACUAGAUGAGAUUGCUACUGAAGCUUUAAGAUGCAAGAUGGAGUCUGAUUCUCAAACUAGUGCAACUCAGGUAUGGAGCAUCAUUUCUACCUCGCUUGAUUCAUUUGGUGAAGGGAUAGAGUCCAGAGUAGAGGGCAUCAUUGAUAGACUAGAAUUUCUUGCACAGCAAAAAGAUGUUCUUGGGUUGAAAGAAGGAGUAGGAGAGAAACGGUCACAAAGAUGGCCAUCAGCAUCUUUGGUAGAUGAAUCUGGGGUGCACGGUAGGGGUGGUAGCAAAGAGGAGAUAAUUGAAUUUUUACUGUGUGAUAAUCAAAGGGGCAAUGAGGCAUGUGUAAUCUCCAUAGUGGGCAUGGGUGGUCUUGGUAAGACCACACUUAGUCAACUUGUGUAUAAUGAUAAGAGACUGGACACACAUUUUGGCCUCAAAUCAUGGGUAUGUGUCUCAGAUGAAUUUGAUCUUUUGAAAAUUAUGAAGGCAAUUCUUAGACAAGUCAGUCCACUGAAUUCCAAAGUGAAGGAUCCAAAUCUGCUUCAAGUUAGAUUGAAGGAGAGUCUUAAUGGAAAGAAAUUUCUACUUGUUCUUGAUGACGUUUGGAAUGAAAACUAUAAUAACUGGGACCUGCUACACACUCCCCUCAAAGCUGGCUUCAAAGGAAGUAAAAUUAUUGUGACUACCCGUAGCGAGAAGGUUGCGCUAAUCAUGCGUGCCACUCGAAUUCAUCAUCUGGGGCAGUUGCCAUUUGAAGAUUGCUGGUCUAUUUUUGCUAAACAUGCAUUUGGAAGUGGAGAUUCUAGUCUACAUCCGAAAUUAGAAGCAAUUGGCAAAGAAAUAGUGGGAAAAUGUAAUGGUUCCCCUUUGGCUGCAAAAAUAUUGGGGGGGAUCUUGUAUUGUAAGGUAGCAGAAGAGGAAUGGGAGAAUAUAUUGAACAGGGAAAUGUGGAAGUUGCCGACUAAUGAAAUUUUUUCCUCUUUAAGAUUGAGCUACUACUAUCUUCCUUCACAUUUAAAGCGUUGUUUUGCUUAUUGUUCAAUUUUUCCUAGGAAUUAUGAAUUCCAAAAGGAGAAGCUGAUUCUUUUGUGGAUGGCAGAAGGGUUUUUGCAAGAACCAAGUAGCAAGAAAAGAGAAGAAGGGGUCUCUAAACUGGAGGAAGUGGGAGAUAAGUACUUUAAUGAACUGUUAUCGAGGUCUUUUUUCCAGAAAUCAAGUAACAAUAGAUCAUGUUUUGUAAUGCAUGACCUCAUGAAUGACUUGGCUCAACUUGUGUCCGGAGAAUUUGGUAUCCGAUUGGAGAAUGAUGAGAGGCAUGAAACUCUUGAAAAGGUCCGUCACUUAUCAUAUUUUAGAACAGAAUGUGAUGCCUUUGGGAGAUUUGAGGCCUUUAACGACAUAAAUUGUCUUCGGACCUUCUUAUCUUUACAAAUUCAAGCUUCUGGAUCAGUCUCCCACUUGAGUAAAAGAGUUUCACAUGAUCUACUACCAACAUUGAGAUGGCUGCGGGUAUUGUCUUUGUGUGAUUAUAAAAUAAUUGAUUUGCCUGAUUCAAUAGGUAAUCUGAAACAUUUACGGUAUCUGGAUCUUUCCAAUUGUAUAUUCCUUAUAAGGUUACCUAAUUCAAUAGGUACCUUGUACAAUUUACAAACAAUGAUAUUAUCAGGAUGCUUUUCUCUCAUUGAAUUGCCUGUGGGGAUGGGCAAAUUGAUUAACUUGCGUCAUCUUGAUAUUACUGAUACCAAAGUAACAAAGAUGCCUGCUGAUAUAGGUCAACUAAAAAGUUUGCAGACACUGAGUACUUUUAUGGUGGGCCAAGGAGAUCGGUCAAGUAUUGGAAAGUUAAGGGAGCUUCCCUAUAUUAGUGGAAAGCUUCAGAUUGCGGGGCUGCAGAAUGUGUUGGGUUUUAGGGAUGCCUUGGAGGCUAAUUUGAAGGACAAGCGGUACCUGGAUGAGUUACUUCUGCAGUGGAAUCACAGUACUGACGGUGUUCUGCAACAUGGAACAGACAUACUUAACAAGUUACAGCCUCAUACAAACUUAAAGAGACUUUCCAUUAAUUGCUUUGGUGGUACAAGAUUUCCAGUUUGGCUUGGAGAUCUUUCAUUCUUCAAUAUUGUUACCCUGCAUCUCUACAAAUGUAAACACUGCCCAUUCUUGCCGCCUCUUGGGCAGCUUCCCUCUCUUCAAGUUCUUGAUAUAAGAGGGAUGAACGGAGUCGAAAGGGUGGGAAGUGAGUUCUAUGGGAAUGAUUAUCUACCAGCUAAGCCUUUCACAUCCCUAGAAACCCUAAGAUUUGAAGAUUUGCCUGAGUGGAAAGAAUGGUUAUCUUUUAGAGGUGAAGGUGGAGAGUUCCCUCGUCUCCAGGAGUUCUACAUAAAGAACUGUCCCAAGCUUACAGGGGACUUGCCAAUCCAGCUCCCUUCCUUGAUAAAACUUGAGAUUGAAGGAUGUAAUCAGCUUCUGGUUUCACUUCCAAGGUUUCCAGCAGUACGCAAAUUGAAGAUGCUCAAAUGUGGCAACGUGCUGUCCCAGAUCCAAUAUUCUGGCUUCACUUCUCUUGAGAGUUUGGUAGUUUCAGACAUCUCACAGUUGAAAGAAUUGCCCCCAGGACUGCGCUGGCUCUCCAUUAAUAAUUGUGAGUCUGUGGAGUCUCCACUCGAGAGAAUGCUGCAAAGCAACACUCAUCUUCAAUAUUUGGAAAUAAAGCAUUGCUCUUUUUCUAGAUUCUUGCAGAGAGGUGGAUUACCCACUACAUUGAAAUCCCUAAGUAUCUAUAACUCUAAGAAACUAGAGUUUCUACUACGGGAGUUUCUGAAAUGCCACCACCCAUUCCUUGAACGGCUGAGCAUUCAUGGUACUUGUAAUUCUCUUUCGUCCUUCUCAUUCGGCUUUUUCCCAAGGUUGACUCAUCUUGAAAUCAGUGAUCUUGAGCGGCUUGAAUCUCUUUCAAUUACAAUUCCAGAGGCGGGUCUCACGUCUCUUCAGUGGAUGUUCAUCCGAGGCUGUACUAAUCUUGUGUCUAUUGGAUUGCCAGCCCUUGACUCGUCAUGCCCUCUACUUGCCAGCUCUCAACAGUCGGUAGGGCACGCUCUCUCAUCUUUGCAGACGUUGACUCUUCAUGAUUGUCCUGAAUUGUUGUUCCCUAGAGAGGGUUUUCCCUCGAACCUACGUUCGCUUGAAAUUCACAACUGCAACAAACUGAGUCCCCAGGAGGAUUGGGGUUUGCAAAGAUACUCCUCUCUUACUCAUUUCAGAAUCAGUGGUGGAUGUGAAGGCUUGGAGACAUUUCCAAAGGAUUGCCUGCUGCCCUCCAAUCUUACCUCUCUCCAAAUCUCGCGUCUUCCAGAUCUCAAGUCUCUUGACAACAAUGGGCUUAAGCACCUUGCUCUUCUUGAAAAUUUAUGGGUAGACUGGUGCCCCAAGCUUCAAUUCUUGGCAGAACAGGGGUUUGAACAUCUUACUUCUCUUAAAGAAUUAAGGAUCAGCGAUUGUGCUAGUCUCCAGUCCUUAACACAAGUAGGUCUUCAGCACCUUAACUGUCUUAGAAGAUUGUGCAUCAGUGGCUGCCAUAAGCUCCAAUGCUUGACAGAAGAGAGGCUUCCUGCAUCCCUCUCUUUUCUAGAAGUAAGAUACUGCCCCUUGCUGAAACGUAGGUGCAAAUUUAGGGAAGGGCAAGAUUGGCACUGUAUAAGCCACAUUCCAUGCAUAGUGAUUGAUGACCAAGCUUUCUAAUGAACUUUAUGCUAGAACGGUUUAGAGCCAGGUACUUGUUCCAUGCUCAAUAAUUCCCUUGAAAAGAAAUUAAUGUGAAAUUGACCAUAAACAGCCAGUCAUAUGGUUGAAAAAUUUUCACUGGUUUUUCACCUUCUUCUCUGUUUUUUCAAGUUUAAAUUAAGGCUAAUUAUUCCUUGAAAAUUCUUGGCUGCCUUUCAGGUCUAUCCCGGCAAAAGUUUAGGCUUCUGGUAAGGAUUUUUCCCCUGUAACCAUUUCAGUUAUCAGUUCUAAGAUGCAUGCAACUUUGUGGAAGAUGAUAACAAAGAUGCACUUAUUACAACUGGUGAUUUGCAAUGCCCAAGGUCAAGUUUGAUCUGGCUAACCACAACCAUUUUAUCCACCUUUCGCACUGAAGGCUAGGAUCUUGCUAACAUGCUCAAAGGACUGCAACCUCGACUCUUUUCAAUAAUUGUGCAUUUCUCUUAUUUCUUUUAUUUUCUUUUCAAAUGGCCUACAAAUUUUUCAUUUGUAUGCGUCAAUCUCUUUCCGAUGCUUCAAAGUGAAGAUUUAACUUUGGAAGUAAUGGUUUUGUAUGCAUCAAAGUGUAGGUCACAUGUUCCAAGACACUUUCAAGAAC